GCUGACAAUAUCACACUGCUCAUUAAAUAGUCAAUAGCAAAAUAUAUUGAAUGACUACUCUUCAAGAAUUGUUAGAAUGGCGUAAAUAUUAAUAUAUUAUAUUUAUAUUAACGGCCUAUUUAAUAAUUUCUGAUUAUAGAAUUUUAUAUAUAACUAAUUUGAAUUGAUGACAACAUUCUGUUAAAACGUUUGGACACUUCAGCGUACUCUGUUUACAGAUAUAAAUUUCUAUUACAUUGAAAUUACUCUUGUAUUUACCAAUUGAAACCGUAGCGUGCAUAGAAAUUAAUCAUGGAGCAAGCGCAACGUGACGUUCAUCACCCGUUAAUAAUAUAUCAAGCUUGAUCCGUCAGUGCUCUUAUGAUUAAUUAAGUUGACACACAUGCUGUAUGUCAACGGACCUUAGCAAUCAGAAGGCGGAGCAAACGGCAUCCAUACAUAAUUAGAAUUUCUAUCAAUAUAGUCUUCUGUCGCGAAAGGAUUAAUUUAAUAUCCCAGCUGCUCGAGUAAGAAAUAAUCAAUGUCGCGGCAUUAUCAAACCUAUUAACUUGUCAGAACAAAGUCUCUAAGUAAAUUUGCCUUUAAGAUGCUAAAUAUCGAGGUAGGGAUGCAUGAUAAAAUGUUCUUGACAGUCACGUUAACGAAUUAGAUGUCUUGCAGUUGAAAAUGUACGUCAGUUCGACACUUUCAGUGCGAUCGCCUUCAAACCACGGUAGAUCAAAGAUCAGUUUACCAAUGUGUCACGUCGGAAUCAAUUCUUUGAAUAGCUAGGAACUUCUGCAAAGCUACAGCUUUGAAAUGUCAGAUUAUCCCCGAUCGUGCGUAUUCCAAGAGAACUGAAACUAUCCGCUCUGAAACGCAAUCAGCUUAACUCUGAAACGCAAUAAAUCCCUUUGACGCAUCGUGUGCUUGUUGUUCCCGUUAUUGAAUCGCCGAAAGCGCCCGAUUAAGACCCUGAUCGAUUCCCUUUUUCGUCGCUAGAAGCGAAAAGGUUGACGUACCCUUCGGGGCUAUCCAUCCUUCGCCUAUCCGAUUAAAAAAAAAAAAGGGAAGCGAAGACAAAAUUCCUAUCGCGCCCCCGUGUUUCUCUCUUUCCUCUACACUCGACGCUAAUGGGUUUCGACGAUGACGGGCAGAACUUGAAUAAAUCGAGUCGUUCGUGGGGAUCGAUUGAGCGGUUCAACUCGAUGCUUGACAUUUUCUCGCUGGUGACAAUUAACAACUAUAUCGCCCGUCGUCACAGUUUGUUGGAGAACGCACAUACGUCGCAGACGCGCGACGUGAGAUAAACCGUGACGAAUCUGCGUGGGUACGAUCGCUCGAAAAUAUCGUCAGCUACCAAGAUAGUGGAGAAGCAGGAGAUAAGGAAACAGAUGAAAUAUUAGAAGUGCGUUUUCUCUCCAUGAAUCAUGAAUGGCACCACCAUGUGGGAGCGACAGCCUGUUGCUCGUUACCAAUCAGUGAAAGAAGACGCGCGUCACGAGGACACUCGGGCCUUCAGUUGUCAUUUCCAGGCGUAGUGGUACUUAAUGAGUGCCAGCUUAUACGAGUAAUUAACGACAGUCGGAUUAAGGCCAAUUGGACGCGAGGGUGGUGGCGAGUCGUCGGUGCCGCGGCUUUGCAGCUGAUUAUGAAGUGACAGAUAUAUUAGAUUGAUCGUGCCGCAUCGAUAAGACGCGGCUGACCGGUCCGACGCGGUUUCGAUUUUAGGAAGUUACCAGUGUUUAGCCUGCUGGUCGCGGGCGACGGAAGCAGUGAGACGCUCGAGUCGAUAAAUUGAUAAUUAUAUUGGUAACUAGUUGUUUAACUGCAACCUUCGAAAACUUCGAGAUGGUACAUCGUAGAGUAGAUACGGGAAUAGGAACAGAGUUAAAAAAGGCAACGAAGUAAUAAAAACUGAACAAAUUAUUUCGGACUGUCGGUCCAAGUGAAGUAUCUCGUGCAACUGCGGCGAACGUACGAGUAAAAAUAAUCUUCGCGAUCGAUAUUAAUUGAUUUAUAUUUAUAUACCUCCUCGGAAUAAAGUUUAAAAUUAUACAUGUAAAAUAAGUACGUUCUAUUAUGGAAUAGUGGAAUAAUAUUGCGUAUCCUACUCGUCAUCGAUAUAUUUAUAUAAAAGAGAACGAAAAAAAGAGAAAGAGAGAGAGGGAGAGAGAAAUUCAAUAAAUUCAAUAACCUACAACUAAAGGUUAAUAACCAUAAGCCAUAUUCUAAGAAUCUGCGACUACGAGCCUUGGAAAAAUCAGUGAGAGCCAGCCAGAAAGAGUGACACCGCCGAUCACGUUCUACCGUAUGUGCGCCAAUCGCAUUGUUACCCACCGAAAGUAUCGAUACCCGACUGACCUGAAAUUAAGGGUAUUCGAUAAAGCUCGAGGAAACUACUUGUUGGAUUCGUUGUUGAAGGCUGAAGCUCCGGAAUCGCCAGAAGAAAUAGGGCAGCCGUUCCAUUCUCGUCUCACAUGGCUACGACCACGAAUAUCGGCGUGCUGAGGGAUGCGAGGCCAAAGGGGGAGAUAGUGACGCAAGUCUCGUCUGCCCAGGAUACGCAUUGCGACGAACAAACGACAAAGCGGGAACAGACACAAUGGAGGCAGUGGCUAGCGUGCAUAUCAGCUACUCUAUCCAUGGUGGCGGUCGGCACCGUUUACGGGUGGACCACCACGUCGCUCUCGCGGCUCACAUCCGGCGCCAGCGACGUCCCGAUGAAGUUGACCGACGACGAGACCUCGUGGAUCGUGUCGCUGACGGUGAUCGGCUCGAUGAUCGGGCCGUUCCUCGGCGCCAGUCUCGCCGAUCGAUACGGCCGUAAGAGGUCUCUUCUGUUUGCCAGCGGUUUCUUCAUCGUCGGCUGGAUGAUCGUCUUCUUCGCCAAGACCGUCGCCGCCCUCUACGUCUCCCGGGUGAUUCUCGGCAUCGGCGUGGGCAUUUCGUACACCACCAAUCCAAUGUACGUUUCGGAGGUUGCCGACGUCGAGAUCAGAGGUGCCCUCGGCACCUUGAUCGCCGUCAACGUCUUCACCGGUUCCCUGCUGACGUGCAGCAUCGGUCCGUGGGUAUCGUAUCAAGUUUUAACGGGCGUACUCCUCGCGGUACCGAUCGUCUUCGUCGCGUGCUUCUGCUGGUUCCCUGAGACACCCGCCUUUCUCGCAGCCAGGGGUCGCAGAGCGGAAGCCACCAGAUCCCUGGCGUUCUUCAAAGGAAUCCGCGACCGCGACGAGGCAAGGAGAGAACUGGAGUACACCUUGCGUAACGUUUUUAUCGAGGACGUUCGCGAUAACACUCCCGGGGCACGAACGGAACCGAUUAAGCGCAGCUGGAUGGCCAAACUAAAGCUGAUGCUGUUACCCAGCAAUAUUCGAGCUCUCUGUAUUAUACUCAGCCUAAUCGCGACGCAGCAGCUUAGUGGAAACUUCAGUACCAUACAGUACCUUGAAGUGCUCUUCAAAAAAGCGGCGAUCGGCAUCGAUUCAAACGUGGCUACAAUACUCGUGCUCGCGGUCGGCCUCAUCUCAUGUGGAUUAUCAACCGCGAUCGUCGAGGGUGCGGGCAGACGCCCACUACUGAUCGCCUCCACUCUAGGCUCCUCCAUCACCCUGGCGAUUCUUGCGAUAUAUCUUAUGCUGGACGCGAGGGGCGUUGACGUAUCAGCAGCGAAUCUUCUUCCGGUCAUCGAUGUGAUCGUCUUCCAGGUGGUCUACCAGAUCGGAUUAGGUACUCUGCCAAACGCGCUGAUCGGCGAACUGUUCCCCACCGAGGUGAAGGCGUUCGCUGGUGCCAUCAUCAUCGUUUUCGACGGCGUGCUUGGCUUCGUCGUGUCCAAGUUGUAUCAGGUGAUCGGUGACUGGUUGGGUACCGAUACCGUUUACUACUUCUUCGCGGCAUCGUGCUUACUGGCAUUCGUGAUGGUGAUAUUCACCGUGCCCGAGACCAAAGGUCGGACGUUUCGCGAAAUUCAGGAACUUCUGGGAGGUAGCGAGAGGAAGACGGAGACCGUCGAGCGUUCGCAGGAACCGGAUAGCGUGGCGUGACAAAAAGGGAUGUGUUCAACCUCUGGCUGGACCUCUCGAUGCGAACUCACUUACGAGACAACGUCAUCGGGCGUUCUUUUCAAAGAGACGGACUUUGAAAUGGCGAUUACUUACUCUCAACUGUAUAUAAAAUGUACAUUCGCUAUACGCUUCUCAGGCAAUGAAAAACGGGACGCAAAGGUAAAAUCUCCUUUGCCCCGCGGUUUGCCGUACGCCACGAUUUUCUCCCGUACCUGCCAUCGGAAAAUAAAGUGGUUUUUAUUAAUAUCGUUCUUGCUGCGUAAAUUCAUCCCGAUAGUUUCGUUCGUGUGCCUGCAACCGUGAGUAUUUUUCGUCAGUAUUCCCAACAUUAUCAUCGUCGUGACGUUUAACAUUUAUUUAUAUUGAAACUCCGCUACGAGAAACACUGUCUUUAUAUUUUAUAACUGUCUUUAAUUUUAUUAUACCUUUUCUCGUUUACUUUUUUUUUUUUAGCGCCGGAUGUUAGGCGGAUCGGAUAUUUAACGGGACGUCAGACUUCAGAGUUUCUCGUGCAUACAAGAUAAAAUAUUUAAGUAAGAAAAACUAUGUGAGAGAGAAAUGGAAAUAAAAAGGACUGGCAAGUAAAAAUUUCUAGUAAACACGCCGCAUCUCUUAUACGGAGAGCGUAAAAAUCAUAGGCGACGGUUAAACAUUGAGAUGAGGAGAAGGAGAAAAAGACGCUUGAAAAAUCGCGAGAAUGUUCCACGGUGAACAACAAAAAGAAAAUGUAAUGGAAAACCCUCCAGAGUUCCGGUAUUGUCGAGAGAGCGACUUUAACGUUUUCAUUCAACCGCUGACUAUACACAUAUUUUCAUAUGUUUUGUGAACUGUUUUAUAUUACAACUUCUUAAAUAUAAUUCGUUAUUAAUG